AGCUUCCGGGAUCUUGGGGGUUAAAAGGGAAGGUCUGGCCAGGGGUCCCUGGUCAGAGCUCUGUUUGCAGCCCACACUGCAGGGCAGGAGACACUUCUGAGUCUCCUCCCUCCUUCUCACUGGCGACUUCCAGCCCUCCAUUCCGUCCGGCAUCGGCAAGCCAGGUGUCAGCCAUGAGUGUCCCACUCCUCUACUUCUCCACCUCCUCGGGUGCCUUGGCCCUAGUGAAGUUGCUGCUGCCGCUACUGAUGGUGCAACUCUGGGCCGCGCAGGCGCUAUUGCUUCCGGGAAACGCCACGCAGGUGGACCUUGAGACGGCUAGCGUCCCGUGCACGCGUGGCUCACAACCCUGGCAGGUCUCCCUCUUCCACAACCUCCAGUUCCAGUGCGCGGGUGUCCUCGUCGACCGGAACUGGGUGCUCACUGCCGCCCACUGCUGGAGAAAGAAACCACUGAGGGCUCGAAUUGGGGAUGAUCACCUGCUGCUUUUCCAGAAGGAACAGCUUCGGUCCACAAAUUCCCCCGUUUUCCACCCCAAGUACCAGCCUUGCUCAGGUCCGGUCCUGCCCCACCGCUCAGAUGAGCAUGACCUCAUGCUGCUGAAGCUGAGGAGUCCUGUCGUGAUAACGCCCAACGUGCAUCCGGUGCAACUGCCCUUCCAGUGCUCCCAGCCAGGGCAGGAGUGCCAGGUCGCAGGCUGGGGGACCACAGCCUCCCGCAGAGUGAAGUACAACAAGAGCCUGACCUGCUCCAGGGUAACUCUCCUUAGCCGGAAGCAGUGUGAGGUCUUCUACCCGGGUGUAAUCACCAACAACAUGAUUUGUGCGGGGCUGGACAGAAACCAGGACUCUUGCCAGAGUGACUCUGGUGGCCCACUGGUGUGCGACAACACCCUGCAUGGCAUCCUCUCGUGGGGCAUUUACCCCUGUGGUGCUACCCCGCACCCGGCCGUCUACACUGAUGUCUGCAAAUACAUGCCCUGGAUCCGGAGAGUCAUUAGUUCCACGUGACCAGCCUCUCACGCCCGUCUUCCUCGCCCGCUUUCCUUCUGUCAUGCCCACUCACACCGUUGAGCAUGCGCCCUCUCCCCUCACCCCUCGCCCACUCCCGUCCUCUGCUCACAAGUGCAGGAAAUGAUGGCUGAGAAACUUCUAGUACCUCAAGGAAGCGGACAUUCUCCAGUCUCUGAGAGUUAUCAGAGUCAUCCAGCUGGGCUUCCUCUACCUCCCUCUUCUUGUGACUGGGGCAUGCCUGGUGCUUUCUCUGUGCCUUGGUUUCCUUGUCUGAAAUAUGGGGGCAAUGAAUUGUCUACCUCUUACAUAUGUGUGUAGAGACGAUGAUUGAAGGUGCAUGUAUGGAUUUUUAUGGUAAUUGUCUCGGAGAUGUAGACACAGUCUGGUGAGCACUGAUUAAAUCCUACCUGAUAUGA